UGAGAAGAAAUAUUUAAAUAAUAUUGAGAGAUUUCACUGCACAAGAGGUUCACAGUCAUGAGCAGCAGUGUUUCAAAGUAAAUCGUGUGGAUAUUAUUUUCAAUCUUUGAGCAAAUACAAAGACUAGAGAUUAGAAAGCAGACGGCUCUGAGUGUUGUGAAGCAUCAGAGAUGUAAGUGGAGAAGACAAAAGAUGUUUAAUGAUAUGAGGAGGAGGCUGAACAAACUCUUCAGUGGGAGGAGACAACAGAGAGAUCUCACAGCUGGAGGGAAAUCCUCUCUCGUUCUCUCUCUCUGUGAUCUGAUCUGUCUGUCUCUUCACCAGCGAGUGCUCUCAUGUCUGUCUGUGUGUUCUGGAGUUUGCCGGGCCGUUGAGAGAAAAGCACAGUAUCCGAGGAUAGCCAGCAUGAGUUUGCCCGGGACCGCGUCCCCCUCGUCUCCGGAGCGCUCCCGUGACCUCAUGGACGACUACUGGAGCGAGAUGAAGAACAUAGAGGAGGACGGUCCAGGAGUUCACGAGGAGAUGAUGGACAUGGGGAGCGUGGAUGAGGCGGAGAUUGAGGAGGAGUGGCUGCAGGAGGCGGGGCUCUCCACGCUGGUGUCUGGGACUCAAAGCGACGGCCAUACAGAAGCUCUGCUCUCCACGCUCACGCACUCGCAGGCCAACAUGGUGAAGAAACGUCUGGAUAACUACACGCAGACGCUGCGCAAGAAAAACAGACAACCCACGAGACACGUGAGAGACGUGUUCUCCACACCGGAUACAUCGUCUGGUGAUCUGACACCUUCAGUUUCUCCAAAUGGACAGAUCACUCCUAAACUGCCACUGUGGAAUCCACCAAAAGCUCCUCAGUUGUGUUCUGUCUUUGCUCCAGCUGAAAGUCACAGCUCGAGUGUUUCUUCAGAGAUGAUCUCAUUAUCGUUUGACGUGCCGUACUCGGAGUCGGCUCGAGGUCAUCGGAAGGGCCGCGAGUGUCAGGACUGCAGGAGAUUUCGGAAAGAUGAUUUACCAAGUUUUCAGAUCGUAAAGCCCAGGCAGGGUUUAACCCGAGUGAGUGAUUUGUCAUCGGAGGACAUCAAGAAGAUCGGUUACAUCUCUCUGAUCGAGCUCAGCACUUUCUAUGACAUCUUGGGCAUCGAGCUGAAGAGGAAUCGUGUAUGGCGGAGUAAAGCACGAGAAAGCGGAAUAUUCGGCGUUCCUCUUGAUACGCUGCUGGAGAACGACCAAAAGAAAUAUCCUGGCUCCAGGGUCCCUCUUGUUUUUAAGAAGUUGCUGUUUAAACUGGAGCAGACGGGAUUACAGACGGAAGGAAUUCUGAGGAUUCCAGGAUCGGCGUCCAGAGUCAAGUACUUACGUCAGGAGUUGGAGUUAAAGUUUUACGAGGAUCGUUUUGAUUGGGAUGAAGUUCGUCAGAAUGACGCUGCUGGUUUAUUAAAGAUGUUCAUCCGCGAGCUGCCGUAUCCUCUCCUAACACAACAACAUCUGCCGGCAUUCACUGCUGCUCAAAACAUCUCAUCACCUAAACAUCAGCUUCAGGCUCUUCAUCUUCUCAUCAUGCUGCUUCCUGAACCCAACAGAGACACACUGAAGGCUCUCCUGGAGUUCCUCAGAAAAGUUGUGGCGUAUGAAGAUAAGAACCGGAUGAGUCUGUGGAACGUUUCUAUGAUUGUAGCACCAAAUCUCAUCAUCUUUCAUGGUAAGAACGCCAAACAGGAGGAGAUGCAGACUGCCGUGGGCUCGGCUCAUCUCGUACGACUGCUCAUCCAACAUCAGGAUCUUCUGUGGACGGUUCCGUGUUUCCUGAUCUCUCAUGUCAGAAAGAUGAACGAAGCCGCCACAGGCAAGAAAACACCAACCUCAGAGAAAACCAAGCGUAGAUUAUUGAGAAGGUGGAACACAGAGAAGGACAGAAACAGAAGUGAGGUCACAGAUCUUCAUGACGGAGUCAUCAGAGUUCACGCACCGCUUCACGCUAAGGUUUCAAUGGCGAUACAGCUGAACGCUGAGAUGAAGGCGAGAGAUAUCAUGGCACGGUUCGACGUGGAGAACUCACGAGGAUCACGCAGCACCGGUCGACGACAGAAGCAGUUUCUAUUUGAGGUUGGAGGAAAUAUCAGAGAACGAUGUUUGGAUCCAGAAGCUUAUUUACUUGAUGUUUACCACGCUAACCCACAUUGUGAAUGGAUUUUAAAAUCACGGCAGACCUGAGAUCACACAGCAAACCUUUCUGAACUGGAGUGUUAACCCUGAAGAAGAGAAGCACUGAGGAGAUCUGCUUAUGAAAAACUGCUGAAGAUUUCACCUGAUCUCUUUGAAAUGGUAUUAUAGUUUCCUGAAGCGAACGCUGGCGCAGAUCAAUGCUGGUCGUUGAGUUUGUGUCAAAACUGUGCGAACUGAAACCUCAAGCGUGUGAAAGCAUGAUUCACUUUAUACCAUACAGAUACUGUACAGUAGAGCAUGUAUAUAAACAUAUUUAUACCACUAAUUUAUCUGACUGCAUCAUGACAGUUUUGUAUUGUUUCUAUACGCUGCAUGUUUCUAAUGAAGCCAUGUGAACUUCGGGUGAAUCUCAUGCAGACAAAACAAGUAAAAACUUGCCCAUAAACUACUGUUUACAAAACAACCUCAUUACUCGAAUGUAAAAAACGUCUCGGCAGUAUUUCUUGCUUUCAGAUUUAAAUAGUCACACUAAAGAGAAUAAUACACAAACAUUCAUUUAGUUUAUGCAGGUCUUGUUAUCAUGAGAUUCACCCACACUUAGUCAUAUUUACCUCUCAUUAAUUCAGGCCAAUAUUAUUGCCAACAUUAUUAAAUACUCACUGCAUUUAUGCACAUCUGAAGCUUUGAGAAUCCAUUAAAGAUGAACAUCAUGAACACAGUUUAUAUGAUGAAGAGAAGAUAAAUCUGCAUUCAUGACCUGAAUCUUCAUAGCACAUCAUCAUCAUCAUCAUCAUCAUCAUCAUGGAUCUUCAUCACGUCUAAAGUUUACACUCUGAUGAUGGACUUUUGUUUAUUUGGAUUAUUUAUGAUGUUCAAGUGUCUUAUUUUUUUAUUUUUUUAGUCUUUGAUAUUGCCAAAAGAGUUUUUGUUGUGUUUAAUGUCAUGAUGAAUGUGUGAGAUGAUCUGAUCAUUAGGUUGGUCUUUAAUUGUAACCGUGAUGUUGAGCUUUACCACUGACCGCUCACUUAACAUUUUCUGCUCAUAGAUAUUAAGAGUGAAACACAGUAAAAGUACAUUAAAAACAUGAAGGUCAAACCCUGUACAUCAGAUGACAGAAUGAACCAUUGCUCUGGUCUUCAGUAUGUUUAAGGUUUCAUGACUACAUUUGACUUCAUUAAUGUUGUAAUAUUUGGUUGAGCCACAGGUUGUGAUUGUGAAACACUAAUGCAAUUAAAAUGAUCAAACUAUGA